GCGCGAACAAUCUGACCUGCAACUGCAAGCCAGUGUGUGCCUGGAGACCGAUUACACUCCUUUCUUUACCUUUGUUAUUGUUCCUGCGAUUCCUGCUUGUUCCUGCUAUUUGAUUUCCCACAUUAUUCGCCAUGGCCAUCAUCGCGUGGUCAGCGCUAUUGCUGCUCAUAUCCUCCGCAACCUUGUCCCGCGCUGCCGAACCGAAGCAAUGGAAGCCAUGUACCAUUGUAUCGCCAACCACGGAGAGGUUCUUCGACCUGAACCCCCUACGCCGCACACUCCCGGAAGAGGGGAAGAAGAAGAAAGAAGGGGAGGAGGGAAGCUGGCAUGCUCGAGGACAUGACUAUGGCGCAAACUUCACAAUCAACUUCUGCGGGCCAGUGGUGGAGGAGCUCAGUGACGUAGAGGAUCUGGCCAAAAGCAAGUGGCAGAACGUGAGCGCAUUCUAUGAGAAGGGUGAUAGAGCUUAUGCCAUUGGUCUCGAAAACGACGAGUUGGUUUUCCGUGGUCGCAAGCUUAUUCUCAAUUACACCGGCGGGUCACUCUGUCCAUCGUCCAAAUCGAAGAGGGAACCUGGUCCUAUCGAUCUUGCAUCCCGAGCCAUCAUCGGCGACGACGACCCGGACGACAAGGACAAGGACAACGAAGACGAAGACGCACCCAAGAAGAAACCCGUCUAUGAUGGGCGCCGCAAGAGCACUGUCAUCUCCCUGCUCUGCGAGAAGGACCCGUUGGCCAAGACCGCAAUCUCCUUCGUAGCCGCUGUGGACGAUUGCGUCUAUUUCUUCGAAGGCCGUUCGCCGUACGCAUGUGGUGGUGUUCAUGUAGAAGAGCAGGCACUGGGCCCUAGCGGUGUAUUUGGUGUCAUUGCACUGAUCGCUGUAUUGGUUUACUUCGUCGGUGGUUGCGUAUAUCAGAGGACCGUCAUGCAUCAACGUGGCUGGAGGCAACUACCCAACUAUCAUAUGUGGGCGGGUAUUUGGGGCUUUCUCAGGGAUAUGAUGAUCAUCCUCACAUCAUCAUGCGCCCGCUGCUUGCCCUCUCGUCGAGGGUACAGUCGGGUUUCGCUUAACCAUGACAACAGUCGCCGCGGAAGGAGAAGUGACGACGAGAACAGGCUUAUUGACAACCUGGAUGAAGAAUGGGAUGAUUGAGUUAUGGGAUAAUGUCAUGUGAUACCUAUGAUUGCAUUUGGAAUGACUGGCGUUACGGGCAUCGUCACAGAAUGAGCCCUUGGGACUUGAAUUUGCUUACGAACAUUUCUGCAUCAGAUCAAAAGAAGUUGUGUUUCAUCAAAAUUGGUUUAUUUUGGGGUCGGUGAACGUGCCACUGCUAAACGGAUAGGAUCGUAGCGAUUUCCGAAUAUCUCCAGACUCUUGCACCAAUUCUAUGUUACAAUUCCCUGUCGUACAGUAUAUAUCUGCCUGCUGAAGUUCUUCAAAACAAUCUCGGCGAGGAAGCCUGAACUACU